AUGAGUGCACGUUUCACUGCUGAACAUGAUUCAGAAGAGGAAGUGGAGGAGGUAUCAGAAGAAGAGAUCGGGGAGGAAUACAACCCAGAGCAUGAUGCAUCAUCUUCGGGAGAAGAAGUCCCUCAAGCUGAAAGAGAGACUUUCUUGUCAAAAAACAGCAAAAUCACAUGGUCCUCCUCAGCGUAUGAAAAACAGGGCAGGAUGGCAGCACAAAACGUCAUGAAGAUGGCCCCGGGACCCACCAGGUACGCCGUUUCCCAUGCCCGUGACAUUCCCUCCACAUUCUACCUGUUCAUCACACCAGCAAUCGAAAAAAUAAUCCUGGAGAUGACAAAUCUGGAGGGUUUUCGAAAAUAUGGAGACAGCUGGAAGAGGAUGGAUGAGACCGACCUGCAUGCCUACAUAGGGCUGCUAAUCUUAGCAGGUGUGUACAGGUCCCGAGGUGAGGCUGCAGCCAGUCUCUGGGAUGCAGAGAGUGGAAGGGCAAUUUUCCGCGCCACGAUGCCACUCAAACUCUUUCACACUUACUCAAGACUGCUACGAUUUGAUAACCGUGAGUCAAGACCCGCAAGACGUGUGACGGACAAACUGGCAGCCAUAAGAGAAGUCUGGGACAAGUGGGUGGAGCGGCUGCCAUACCUGUACAACCCUGGGCAUGAAGUAACAGUGGGUGAGCAACUGGUUCCAUUCAAAGGUUGUUGUCCUUUCCGGCAGUAUAUGCCAAGCAAGCCAGCAAAAUAUGGGAUCAAGAUGUGGGUGGCCUGCGAUGCCAAAUCCAGCUACGCUUGGAGGAUGCAAGUGUUCACCGGAAAACUGACCCGCGGAGGCCCAGAGAAGAACCAGGGGAUGCGGGUUGUGCUUGAUGUGACAGAGGGACUGAGGGGUCACAGUGUCACAUGUGACAGUUUUUUCACCUCUUAUGAACUCGGACAGCAGCUCUUGAAGAGGAAGAUCACCCUGGUCGGCACAGUUCGUAAAAACAAGCCUGAGCUCCCGCCUGCACUGCUUGAAUCAAAGGGGAGACAGGUCUUCUCUUCAAAGUUUGCCUUCACGCCCACCACCACUCUAGUUUCCUACCUUCCAAAGAAAAACAAGAAUGUGGUCCUUCUGAGCACACUGCACACAGAGGCGGACAUUAGUGAUCGUGAGGACAGGAAGCCAGCCAUCAUUCUUGACUAUAACCGCAGCAAAGGUGGCGUGGACAACCUAGAUAAGGUGAUUGGAACGUACAGCUGCAGAAGGAUGACUGCCCGCUGGCCCCUGGUCAUCUUCCACAACAUCAUUGAUGUUUCCUCCUACAAUGCCUUUGUGAUAUGGAGGGAGAUCAACCUUACCUGGAUGCCUGGUAAGAAGAACAGGAGGCGGGUGUUCCUGGAGCAACUGGGAAAGGCACUUGUAACUCCGUACAUCGAAAGAAGGAAGCAUCUCCCCUGCACAGAAGACUCUGCAGCAGUUGUAAAAGCUGUUCAGAGUCGAUCUCGUGAUCAACCUGAGGGUCCAGUUGCCCCAGCCACUGCCCCUGCCACAUCCCCAGCCACUGCCCCAGCCACUGCCCCAGCCACGUCCCCAGCUACGUCCCCAGCCACUUCCCUAGCCACUGCCCCAGCCACGUCCACAGCCGGGGCAAGUAAGAGGAAGAGGUGUCAGUUCUGCCCACCAAAGAAGGACUGUAAGACACAAACUGUGUGCUGCAGGUGUCAAACAUAUAUCUGCAAAGGCUGUGCACUUGUAUACUGCCCUACAUGUGCAAAUUAGUUGACUAAAUUAUGUUGCUUGGUUCACAUGUUCACAUUUUUUGUUU